AUGAAUGGUCCCAUUCCCGAACCCGUAGUGGACAUUCAGGUCCAAGGGAUAAGACUCUCUCCCUCAGAAGAAUAUACAAACUCAGCCCACCGAUUCAGCAUCAAUACCAUAAACAAUGAGAUCCGUGUAAACCUAACCACAGGCGAUCAAACCCAAACGUUAGAGCCAUAUUCAUAUCAUUCCACAAAUUUCAGUCUUCCUAGUUUUAGUCACCACGACAUCCAAUCAUCACUCCAAAAUCUACUCCAUAGCGAAGAACAUUGGUUGUGCGAUCGCUUAGUCCAAAAGAUCUCAACGACUGCUAUCAACUCAGGUUUUGGGGACAAUGACAUUGAAUUGACCGUGCUCGUCACAGUUACUUACCAGCGGGAGUCGGAAGCCGAGAGAUCAUUAAACGUAUUGAGGAGGAUGGUUCUACAAGGGGGGAUUGAAGCAGAUGAACUGAAGUGUUUGAACAUGGAAACAGAGUCUUGUUCCGUCUGUCUCAAGAGUCUAGUCUCCAGUUCGAGAAUACUCACUCGCAUGGGUUGUUCCCAUGUUUUCCACAGUAGCUGUCUCUUCGAGUGGCUCAAACGCAAAAACACUAGCCCUUUGUGUCGAAUUGUGCUCUUUGAUCAGUGA